AUGGCCUGCCACCAACUAAACCUUAACCCCACUCCAACCAACCCACCACCCGCCUCCCCUGGCUCCCCCUCUAAAAUUCCCGACACUCUCUGCCCGGGCUAUAUAUCCACCAAUGGCGAGUGGAAGCUCAUAGACAAAUUGGGCGAAGGUAGCUUCGGCAUCUGCUUCAAAGCCGAACACACCACAAAGCCCGGCGUUUUCGCGGCCUUCAAGGUUUUGAAACUCAGAGGCGAUGCUCAAAAAGACCGACUAUUAACUAGGAGCUUCAAAGAAGAGUACAACGUAAUGGAGCGGAUCCAGAAAAAAGAUGCUUAUACACCUAAGGCCUAUGGCUUCACUUCCGAGGCGGGACGAUCGUGCAUCAUCAUGGAGUAUUUCGACCACAACAUGCUCACCAUCAAGGGCCACCGCCUCUUCGGUUUUGCCGCUAUCCGUGAAUACGCCCACGACAUUGCACAGUCACUCUAUGCCAUGCACUUUCAAGACGUGAAACCCGAUAACAUCCUCGUCCGUGAACCUCACAGCGACCCUUCUGAACGCACCGAACCCUUCGCACCCAUUGCCUUCCUCGCCGACUUUGGCACGGCCUCCUGGGACGUAUGUUCCACAGUUCGCAGGGACCCCAGCCUUGGGUGUGAUGGAACAGCGGUCUACACCAGCCCCGAGUGCUGGGUUCUGGGCGAGUCACAGCGUGCCCCGGCCGAUAUGUGGGCUAUGGGUAUGGCUCUCCUGUCUAGGUGGCUGGGGUACCAUCCGUUGGAUGAUUUUCUGGGAAGAGAUCGGAGUACGAGGGGGGCGAGAUUUUGUCUGUUGAUGCUUAAGGAGGGCUGGCUGGAAGAGGCGGGGUUCCUGGAAGGGAUGUCGAGAGAUAUGAGCUCCUUUUUCUCCUCCCUCCUCACCAUCUGCCCCCGCCGCCGCCUCACCGCUGAGCAAGCACUCUUCCACCCAUUUCUCACCACCACACGUCUUAACCGCCAACAACACAACAUGUUAAGACACGGCUGUCUCCUGCAUCCACUCCCAAUCCCCCCUGCCACCGUCAAGGCCAGCGUGGACUCAGACCGCAGCAUCCUCCCCGUCUCCUCACCCACCCCACACCCGGGCUCCAGACCUGUCAGCCCAUUCCACACGCCCACCAACAUAGAAAGAGCCCUUGUUGAUGCAAGCUUCAAGCUGGACAGCGGGCGCCUCCUCAAAGGGGCGGCCGUGGAGAACUGGUCGGCAGUACAGCUUUUUGUAAAUGGCCCCAACUGGGAUCGCGAUUACGUGUCGGAGCACGAAGAGGUGCUGGCUGGUAAUGCCCCGCUGAGGAAUAUUGAGAAUGCACCGUGGCAGCUGAACCCACCCAUUGGUGCUGUUCAGACGAGUGAUACACCAUCAGCGGGAGAUUCUGAACAUCUAAUGGCAGGGAGGGCGUCUCAGUCUACCCUCCGACCAUCAGAACAUGCCUCUCAGAUUCCGGCCGCGAGAGCCUCUCCAGGAGCACCACUGCGCCCUGUUAUGAACCGUACUACAGGCAUCAAGAAGAAGGCGAAGAAGCCGGCGACUCCAAAGCUCCAUGGUACCCGAGCCUUUACUAGGGCGCAGGAGCUUGUCCUAGUUGCGGCUGCGGAGGCUGCGAAACCGGCUGUUCGCCGCUCUGCAAGGAUUGCGGCUAAGAGGGGAACGAAGGGGGAGCAUGAUUAG